AUGCAGUGUGAUGAGAAUAUGCUGGCAAUGCAUAUUUCCCCUCACUACCUCAGCACGACAGUUCUCAAAGACUGGCCGAAUCUGCCUACAUUACUGAGGACGGGAGCAUCCAACAGGAGACCCGUGCUUCAAUCCUCAUUUGGCUCCUCUGGCUGGUGGAUCAACAGAUGCAACCGCAUCGUCAAGAGCAACAUGGUGGCACGAAAUGGAAUUGCUCACCUCAUUCAACGGCCGUGUCCACCACCUCCACAGGUUGACUCUGUCGUGCAGGGCAGGCGAGACCUCUGCUUUGCAUCAGAGGCGAUCCGUCAGCUCAGCCAUGAAGAGCUCAUUUCGACUACGCAGGCACAGACCCUGUUUCUGCCCUCUGACGAGGCCUUUGGCGAGCUUGGCAGCGACGUCGUGAACUUCCUGUCCAAGACGGAACAGGGCCGUCCUUAUAUGCUUGCGCUGCUGAAGAUGCACAUCUUGCCUCAAGUUACCGUCUUUUGCAACUUCAUCUGGCCAAAGAACGACACGGAGGAGAGAUGGACCUCGUCCCAUGUACCGAGGACGAUCAAAGGCAAGGUUUGUUAUACCUUUGCGUCUCUGGCGAGCGAUAAGCAAGGCGGAGACUUUUGCGUGACUGUGGCCUUUUAUCGGUUUAGAGGACUCGUCUCUAUGCUGGUCAAUCAGUUUGCUAGGGUUACUUCUCAAGAUCACUGUGCGGUGAAUGGAGCAGUGCAUGUUAUUGAUAGGGUUCUGCUGCCUCUGGGUGAUGAACGCGCGACGACCCCGGGUUCGAGGCCCCUGACGGUCGAUCAACUGAGGGAGGUUCUUGCAGAGUAUAUUUAG